ACACAUACUGUACACACAUGAAUGAAGAUAUGUUAUAGAAGUCACACACUGUGAUGGUGCAUUCCCAAGGAGAGAAACAUCCAGGUCUUGAGACUCAUUCAGUUCAUCGGUUGUGAAUCAUGUCUGGAGUGAUCGUGCUAGUCUGGAUCGUCCUGUUGCGUUUAGCAGAUGCUUUCUCUUUCGAGGACUUUGACACAUGCAAAAACAGUCCAUGUCAAAAUGGCGGUGUUUGUAUAAGAAACAAAGGCGAUUACACUUGCCAGUGCUCUAACAGUUCUCAAAAUGGGCAACUGUACGGAGGUCCAAACUGCACUGUUCCACUGCAGGCCUGUGAGCGGCACCCGUGCCAAAACGGUGGCAAAUGCUCUCCUUUUCUCAGCAGCAGUCAGCACAGAUACAGCUGCACCUGCCCUGAAGGUUAUGCUGGCAAAAGGUGUGAGACAUCCACCACCUUCUCUUUUGAAAACAGCGGAUUCCAAUACAUCAGAACAACCCUCAAGGACACAGUGACGCUUCUGAACACUACUUUGAGUUUUCGCACGUUGCAAAAAACAGCAACUCUACUCCGCUGUGUAGUGGGUGACUACAUCCUCACGCUGCAGCUGCAAAACGGUCGACUGCGUCACUCCAUGCAAUGGGGCAACAACAGCGAGUCAGAUUUUGUCGAGCUGUUUCAGGAUGUGGCAGAUGGCCGUUGGCAUACGGUGCAGAUUUACUUGUAUGGAAGUGUGCUAGGGCUUAGCUUGCAUGACCCAUUGUGCACUGUAAAAACCUGCCACAAAGAAGCGCUAGUGGAAAUGGAUCUGGGAUCUGGGUCCGGACAGUCCUCCUUCACUCUGACCCAGAGUGUCUAUAUAGGUGGAAAAGGAAAUGGACAAAUAAAUCCAGACUCAUAUUUCCUGGGCUGUAUGCGAGAUGUCUACAUUCAGUCCCGCCCGGUGAUCCCGGGGGUCAGAGCUGAGCAGUUUGGCGUGACUUUGGGCUGCAGGGAAACUGACAGCUGUGAGGAUAAUCCAUGCAGGAACAGAGGAAAGUGUAUCAGCUUGGGAUGGAAGGAACACAAGUGUGUGUGCCACCGUCCCUAUGAGGGAAACAUCUGCUCAGAGGAACACAUCGCUGCCCGGUUCGGAAUUGAAGACGUGGAAAGUUAUGCAGUUUUCUACGUAGACGAUGACCCCACCGACACUUUCACUGUGUCCAUGUUCGUCCGUACACGCCGUUUAAGCGGUCUGCUCCUCGUUUUUUCCAAUAGCACGGGCCAUUACUUGCACAUAUGGCUGAACGAUGGGAAGGUCAAAGUUCAGACAAAUCACUUUCAAAUCCUGCAGGGUCAUGACAGAGUUAACGACGGACAUUUUCACCUGGUGAGCAUGCACGUGGAGCGGGGAACAAUCAUGCUCUCGUACUCGGCUAAGACCCAGGCCUUGAUGGCCAGCCGAGGUUUGACAGUCCAAUCAGGGGACACGGUUCAUGUGGGAGGCUUAGAGGACCGAAAAGCUACGAUAGCGUUUAGCAGCUACUUUAAAGGAUGCAUCCAAGACCUGCGACUGAACUCUAAUCACCUGCAAUUUUACCCAAGCAGCACUCCCCUGGCAUCCUACAGAAUAAAGACCAUGGUGCAAGUCACGCAGGGCUGCACUGGUAAUAAUUACUGCAGGAUGAACCCUUGUCGGAAUGGCGGUGUGUGUUACUCCAUGUGGGAUGAUUUCACCUGCAGUUGCCCGCCGAACACAGCAGGGCGGCUCUGUGAGCAGCUGAAGUGGUGCGAACUUUCCCCGUGUCCCGUUACUGCGGGUUGUCUCGCGCAUGCUCAGGGAUUCGACUGUGUUGCGAACAUCACCAUCCAUGAAGGAAACCCCAUUAUCAUGUUUAGAGGUAACGGCAAAAUCCGCCGACCCCUCCACAACAUUACUCUGUCAUUUCGUACGAGGAGACGUGACGCCACAUUGCUGCAUGCCUUGCAGGAAAACAACUUCAUUAUGGUUUUUCUCAAUAACGGACGACUUGUUCUGGAGCUUCAGAGCGGCUCAGACUCCACACUCCGAGUGCAGAGCCGCCGUGUAGUGGUGAACGAUGGACGCUGGCACAGUGCCAUCCUGAGCAUGGACAACCCAUCCGCUCCGACCUCCAGGUGGUUCGUGGUGCUUGACGAGCGCAGAGAACAAGCGUCCAUCUCCUCCACCUCUUCCGGAGAUCUGAACUUCCUGAGGAAAGACACCGACAUCCUUUUAGGCGGUUGGCAGCUUGAUUCUGGAGCAAAUUUGGACGGAUGUCUAGGUUCGGUGCAAAUCGGUGGCCUUGUUUUGCCAUUUUAUGUGGAAACAGAACUCAGCAUGCCCAGACCCCAGGAGGAAAAGUUCUUAAGGACGUCUGGGAUGCUGAACCUAGGGUGCCGGAGCUCUGACAUUUGCAAUCCGAACCCUUGCCACAAUGGAGGCCAGUGUGAGGAUCUUUUCGACCUCUUUAAAUGUCAUUGCCCAGCUGGUUGGCACGGUCAGAUAUGUGAAGUCAGGGCUGAUGCCUGCAUCUCGAAUCCUUGUCUACAUGGAUCAUGCUCUGUUGCUGCUGAAGGUUAUGCAUGUGUGUGUGAGUCAGGAUACACCGGUCAGCACUGUGAAAACAACGAGGAUGUGUGUGUAGGACACAAGUGCAGCAAUGGAGGUACCUGCCUCAGAGGAAUCAAACAAUAUGCCUGCCUUUGCCCAAGAAACACAACCGGAGCUCUCUGCCAAGAACGAAUGGUGGAAAUGCCUUGGUACAUUGACAGGCUUCCGUCUCCGAGGCUGCCGGUGUCCAUAUGCGGGAAGGACAAGUGGACUUACAGCUGCUUUAAUGGCGGAAACUGCUCCAUGUUUGAGGACAAGUGUGACUGCCUGCCUGGUUUUACUGGACAAUGGUGUGAGCAGGAGCUGGACGAGUGCGCCUCCGGCCCGUGCCUGAACGGAGGAUACUGCCGCAACCUCAUCGACAAAUUCCAGUGUGUGUGUGAGAUCAGCUUCGCUGGCGAGCGCUGCCAGAUCGACAUCAGCGAUUUCUACCUGUACGGUUUCCUGCUGAUGUGGCAGAACAUCUUCCAGCUGCUCUCCUACCUCAUCCUGCGCAUGGACGACGAGCCUGAGAUCGAGUGGAACGCCGCAAACGAUGAGUAAAGACGAAUCAAAGAAGAGAGUGGCGAGGGACGAGGGACCAGAGACUAGAUGGCUAAAUAUGAGACAGGGGGGUUGUACUAAUAAAACUCAUCGUGAAAGUAGAAAUAUUAUUGCUGUGUCGUUCAUUUUAUAGCAUGUGAGCUUUGAUCGUAUUUCUAAUGGAUGGUGGUAAUGUGUUUGUUUUAUAAAUACAAAAUAAAAUGUGGAAACACUAUAAA